AUGCUCGGCAUGUUCGGCUCCGGCCUCAACAUCGUCCAAUCGGUCAUCCUCGAACGAGACACGCUCGCCCACAUCGAAUGGAAUCUGCCCAUCGUGGGGCUGCUGGUGUCGUUUAGCCUCUGCCUGUUCGCCAUGUACUCGCUCACGCCCUACAUGCUCCUGUGGACCGGCGCCACGCUCUUCAACCUCUCCCUGCUCACCUCCGACGCCUAUGCCAUCAUCGCCGGCAUCUUCUUUUUCAGCUACGUGCCGACGUACCUCUACUUUGUGUCGUUGGGGGCGAUCGUGGCCGGCCUGGUGCUGUACAAUGUGCGCCUGGCCACCACCACCGAUGCUGGCGCGUUGGUAAUCGACGACGACGAGGCCGAGGGGGCCGCGCGACGAGAGCCCACAGAGAUGGACGACGUCCUCCCCCAGACCUCGCCACCAGCACCAGCAACGUAA